AUGAUAUUGAUAUUUCUGGUCAUUGUGUUUAAAGCAGUGCCAACAGAAUCAGCCCCAGAGGAGGCGGUAGCUCCUGAGGAAGACGCCACAGAAGCAGACACAGAAGCAGCCGCAGAAGCUCCUGUAGAGGAAGAAGCGGCAGUAGAGGAAGAAGAGGCAGUAGAGGAAGAAGCGGCAGUAGAGGAAGAAGCGGCAGUAGCGGAAGAAGCUCCUGUAGAGGCAGAAGCUCCUACUUUUACUCAAACCUUUGUCUUUUUAUGUAUAUCUUUGACAGGUGAUACAGCCGAUGCAGCUGUUCCAGAGGAAACUGCAGCUCCCCCACCAUCAGAAGACGCAGAGGCAGAAGCUGAAGGUGAAGCUGACUCAUCUGAUGCAGCUACUCCAGAGGGUACUGCAGCACCAGCAGAAGAGGAGCCCCCCGUGGAAGGUGGAUCUGACACAGACACAGGCGAUUCUCCAGAUGCUACAGUAGAUGCCACGGUGUCGGAAGAGGAAGCGGAGCAUGUUGGAGGUGGAUUUGAUCUAAGUGAUGCUCUUGAGCCAGCCAAUGAACCUCCUGCUGACUCAGAUCCCGUUGAGGGCAAAGGCAGAGCACGCUCUGCUGGAGCUGCAUCUGGCCAGGAUGGGGCUGAAGAACCUAAAGAGGCUGGAUUUGGUAACAUUGCUGGUAUUUUGAGUGGAAUUGGAGUAGCGCUGGUUGGGGCAGCCGCUGGUUACUUCACCUACCAGAAGAAGAAGCUUUGCUUCAAGGCUCAAGGAGCUGACCCAGAGAGCGGACACAAAGAGGACCCUGGGACACAGGCUGAGCCUCAGGUUCUCAGCAACCUUCUUAGUUCAUCAUAAAUGGCGGUUGUUGGGGGAGGAUCUACAACAUGAAUGCUAAUGUCUACUGAGUUGUAGUUGGAGUGAAGUAUGUCAUUUUUAGGGCCUUAAUGUGAAAUGUGGUUUUAAGAUUUUGCUGGAAUGUGUGCAAAGGCAAAGAUCUGAGAGCCUUUGGUAAAGAAUGUGAAAAUGUGUUGCAUUGGUCCAUCUUUAAUGUUACCUCCAAGUAGUGCCUUAUCUCUGCAGGGAAAGGAAGCAUCUGGGUUUUUUUUUUUUUUUU